UGGUGCAGCCUAUCGCUUUGUGCGCGAGUCGAAACUCUUGACGCUUCCAUCUACAUCUACGCUGAAGCGAUAUGUAGGGCCUUGUACUGGUGCAGCUGUGUCAUCACUCAUCAAGCAGAGACUGGUCCAAGAAGCAGGGAGACACGAAUCUGAAGCAUUACGUGGAUCUUUGAUCUUAGAUGAAAUGGCGAUAGAAGAACGUGCAAUCUAUCAGCGGCAAGGAGAUGUCCUUCAUGGCCUUGUAGAUCUUGGUGGACGAGAGAAGGACUAUGACCUGGAGAAUGCCCUGGCAACGCACCUGCUCUGUUUUGUCUUCAUUGGCCUUUCAACACAAUACCGCAUUCCAGUCAGCUAUUACUUUACCAAGGCGCUGACUGGAGACCAAGAAUAUCACCUACUUCUCGAAGUCAUGAAGGCAGUGCACGAGGCUGGAUUUUUUGUGUGCAGAGUUGUAGCUGACAAUCACUCUGCCAACUGCAGUGCUUUCGCUCGUCUUAGUGGUGGGCAAAUCUGUCCUGUAAUUGAGCACCCACUGGACACUGAGGCCCCCAGAAGACCCCUGUUCCUCUCCUUCGAUUACUGUCACAUACUAAAGAACAUUCGUUCUCAGUUCCUUGACAGUAAACGAAAUCUGUGCAAUAAUGGCCAGCAUAUCAAACCCAAGUACGUAAGGGAGCUGCUGGACAUACAGGACAAUCUUGGUGGUGCAUUUAAGCCUGUACGCUCCCUCACAAGGAAGCACUUGUACCCAACAAACUUUGAGAAAAUGAACGUAAAGAGAGCAGUUGAGGUGUGUUCACCUGCUGUGACAUCAGCUCUUCGGUACCUCCAGCGUUAUGGGAAAAGCCUUGGGUACAAUGGUUUCGAGGACUCACUUCCCACUAUAGAAUUCAUGGAGCAGACAUAG